CCUGAACUGUGUAGGACGGAGACUCUAUUUCCCAGACGUCUGUUGUUUUUACUGGUGUCUGUUCAGCACAGCCAGCCACCAUGCCCACUGACGCCCAAAGCGAUGCCCGCUCCUUCCUGACUGAGGAGAUGAUUGCAGAGUUCAAGGCCGCCUUCGACAUGUUUGACACCGACGGUGGCGGUGACAUCAGCACCAAGGAGUUGGGUACCGUGAUGAGGAUGCUGGGCCAGAACCCAUCAAGGGAGGAGUUGGAUGCCAUCAUUGAGGAGGUCGAUGAGGACGGCAGCGGUACCAUCGACUUCGAGGAGUUCUUGGUCAUGAUGGUGCAACAGCUAAAGGAGGACCAGGCUGGAAAGAGUGAAGAAGAGCUCUCAGAAUGCUUCCGUAUUUUUGACAAGAAUGGAGAUGGUUUCGUCGACCGGGAGGAGUUUGGAGAAAUCCUCCAUCUGACUGGAGAAGCAGUCACAGAGGAAGAUAUUGAUGAGAUGUUUGGGGAAUCAGACACAAACAAAGAUGGAAAGAUUGAUUUCGAUGAGUUUCUGAAAAUGAUGGAGAAUGUCCAGUAAUGAGGCCAGCUCUACAUUCCUUGGUGACCCUUCCUUGGAGAGAAUAUAAAGCACACUGUCUGAUGGAAACCUGCUCAGAGCUAACUCAAAAUGCUAUAAAUGCCUGUACAAGUAUGAAUCUGAAGUAGUUUCUGAGACGUCAAAAUGGAUAGAAGUGAAACUCCGUCAUCCCUACCCCCUUCCCCUUCUCAUGUGAAACCCAGGGGCUUGGUGAGGAUAUCUAUAAAUAUCUGUUCCAACCUUUUAAGACGAAGGCACCUUCUCCCAGCCAGCUCCUUGCGUGGGCCACUCAGCUGUCUAUUUGGCAGCUGCUGUCUCUCCAGAAAUGCUACACCC